AUGAUACAAGUGGCUGAGAGCGUAGACUACAAGGGUCUAUGUUCCUUGGCACGCGCCUCAAAGCGCUACACAGAGGCUGCGCAGGAUGUCCUCUACCGCGUUGUCGACCUUCGUCCAGCCGGGGAAGAUCCGGAAUCCACGUUCGACAGUCCCACCAAGUCUGAUCUCGCCGUGUUUCUCUGGACUAUCACACAAAAGCCUCAUUUGGCGACCAAAGUUCAGGAUCUGUGGUUCCUGCCGCGUUCGAUACCUGUCAAGUAUCCACAGCUAAUGUAUUCCGGCGUGUCGCCGGUCUCUCCAUUGAUCAAGCCCGGAAGCUAUGUAGUCAAAGUGAGUGAGAAGAAACUCGCUUGCGAUCUCCUGGAACGUCUUACCGAGUUGCGUUCUUUGACCAUUACCGCUCUGGAUGACUACCUCUGUCGCACCGAGUUAGUCCAGUGCUUUAGAGAUCUUCAGGCCAUGAAAUCUGAGUACUGGAUAACUGUCCUCGACAAGCUCCUGAUUCACUCGGAAAAGCUUGUUGAUCUACUCUGCUUCUCGAAGCUUACGUCUAUCUACCUCUCUCAUGGUCAUCUGGACUGGGCGGUCGUUACGUUACCUACGCUCCGUACUCUAUGCAUAGGUAGUAAAGCGACAGUGGAGUUGCCAUCGAAGACGCACCGAGCUUUCAAUAUCACUUCCCUCAUAGUCGAGGCUGCCAACAAUACCCUUCCAUGGGAGUUCCUGGGUACGGCAAAGCUCCUGGUAUAUUUGCCGAACGUUAAGGCCUUGACUUUGGGAUCUUCUUUACCGGACGGACAACAUUCCCGGUUCCCCCCACCCCUCUCAGAUCGUCGUAGUACCAACAGCUUCGGAAAUCUGGGCUCAUUUACAUCUCACUAUGUCAGGAUAUUCCUUGCUCUUGGACGCUCAGUUGAAGAUCUAAAGCUUACGUACACAAAGCCUGUACGAUUCUGCAACACUUCGAAGACUCGCUUGGAAGCCAAAGAGUCCAUACAGCUCCGGCGGAUUCAGAUCGCAGAAUGUGCUUUGGUGGACAGUCAAGACCUCCAGCGGCUCGAAGGAUCAAGUCCGUCGCAACUGUUACCUAGUCGCAUUCGAACUCUAGUCAUCACCCAUCCUAGGUCUCCAGGGCCAGAUGACGGGGACCGCAAGUCCAAGCUCACGAGCUGGCUAGGAGAGCUGACGAAGACCGACUUUCCAGACCUGGAACGAGUUGAGGUUGUGUGUUCGGUCGGAUAUGGCGAUGGUGUGGAAUUCAAGAAGCGUCUCGAGCAGUCUGCAGAAGUUCGCUUUCUCGAGACUAUCGGUGUGACAGUGGUGAUAAAGAAGGAGUGA